UUUUUUUUUUUUAUAUCUUUUUCUUACAAACUUUGUAAACCCAAAAAAACUAAUACUAGUUUUUUUUAUACCAAAUACACUUUUCCCCAGUUACUCGAGAAUAUCGCUACUCAUCACUCUAAUUAAUAUAUGGUUGGCAUGGACCGUACCCUGAGCAUCAAUGAAGUCAACGAAACCGGCGUAAAAGAAUCUCAAUUCCAAACUGAGGAAGAACUCAUGCAUUCUAUGGGUUACAAACAAGAAAUGGACAAAACCAUGUCUACCAUUUCAAACUUUGCGAUUGCGUUUGGCUGUUGUUCUAUUCUUUCAGGUCUUACACCUUUAUGGGGUGAUGCCAUGCAAGCCGGAGGAUCAAUUGCUGUUGUAUGGGGCUGGGUCCUCGUAUCUGUAUUUACCUUUGGUGUUGGUCUUUCCUUAGCUGAAAUUUGUUCCGCUUACCCUAUUACAGGUGGUCUGUACAUCUGGGUGUCCAAGCUCGCCCCUCCCGAGUGGGUUCCAAUUAUGUGUUGGUUAACUGGUUGGUGUAACUGGCUGGGUUUGACUGUGGCUAUUACAUCAGCUGAUCUUGGUCUUGCACAAUUCAUUGCUUCUAUCAUCAAUAUCAGUGACGAAACCAACAGCCCAUCUAUUUACUGGCAAUAUGGCAUUUUUGUUGUUAUUGCAGUUGUUCAUGGUAUCAUCAACUCUGUCAGUGUAAAGUACAAUGGCUUUUUCAACCAGACCUCUCUUUACUGGCAUUUAAUUGGCACGCUUCUUUUGAUUAUUGUUGCUCUUGUGUUGACACCCAACAAGGCUAGUGCCAAAUGGGUCUUUACCAACUUUGAAAACGAAACUGGCUUUUCCUCCAGUGGUUACGGCUUCUUGAUUGGUCUUUUGCAAUGUCAAUAUACGCUCUCUGGUUUUGACAGUGCAGCCCACAUGUCUGAUGAAACGCGUGAUGCAGGUCGUAGUGCUCCCCGUGGUAUUCUCUAUGCCAUUGGUGCCGCUUCCAUUGUUGGUCUUGCCUUCUUGGUUGCCGUCAAUUUCUGUGUUCAAGACUUCCAAACACAAAUUGUCAAUACUAGCAUCAGUCCUGCGAUGACCCAAGUAUUUUUGGACGGUGUUGGGUACAAAUGGACUGUUGUCUUUACGACAAUCAUUAUGGGUGCUAUGUUCUUCUCAGGUUCAGCCUUGACAUUGGGUAGCUCCCGCAUGGUCUAUGCUUUUGCUCGUGAUGGUGCUAUGCCCUUUUCCAAACAAUUAGCAACCAUCAAUCAAAAAACCAUGACACCCGUCUGGGCUGUCUGGUUCAAUAUUAUUUUUGCCAUUGUGGUUGGUUUACUUUACAUUAUCAAUGAAACUGCUUUUAAUGCCAUUGUGUCUGUCAAUACGAUUGCUUCUUCUAUGGCUUACUUUAUUCCUAUUGCGCUUCGUGUAACUGUGGCUCGAAAGAUUUUCAAGCGUGGACCUUUCCAUUUGGGUCCCUUUUCAGAUAUCAUUAACGUCACGAGUCUUUUUUGGAUUUUGUUUACCUCCAUCUUGUUUGUUUGCCCUACUGAAUACCCAGUGACACCUCAAAACAUGAACUAUGCUAUUGUUGUGUUUGGUGGUGUUAUGGCAUUAUCUGUUGCCUAUUAUCACUUCCGUGCCCGUCAAUGGUUCUCAGGUCCAGGUAAAAGUAUGGAACCUGACCCACAAUUGGAAGGCUUUGGCGAUAAUGCCAUGACGGAUUAUAAGACUCAAGUACAGUCUGAUAGCUCUGAUAAUGAUAGUCAAGUUGAUGUUGCAAAGAAAUAUCAUGUGGACCAAGUUGAGCGAGUCUAAUUACACCAUAUAAAAAUACCCUCCUAAUCCUUCAUUGUGAUUUCAAUGCCACCCUCUUUUUGACCACUAAUUACUAUUACAUUAUAUCUCUUAUUAUUUAAUAAACUCUUGUACUUUGUAUAUAUAUAUAUAAAAAAAAAUAUAAAAUAUCAAUAUUAUAUUAUUGUUUCUUGGAAGGACGAGAAGGAGAUGAAGAUCGUGAAUGACGACCGAUUUUAUCAAACACAGACAGAC